AUGGCAGAAAAGUACCUGAGCCAAAUCUAUUACAAUCCAGAAAGUCCCGCAAGCUUUGGUGGCAUAGAUUCAAUUGACCGUGUCGUAAAAGACGAAGGCAAACAUCAGAUAUCGCGGAAUAAAAUACGGCUAUGGCUACAAAAGCAAGACACGUUUACUUUACAUAAAUCUGUAAGAUAUCGUUUCAAAAGGAACCGUGUUAUUGUAGGCGCAAUUGACGAGCAGUGGGAGGCGGAUCUUGUGAUUAUGGACUCAAUAAGCAAAUAUAAUAACGGCUUUAAGUACAUUUUAACUGUAAUCGAUGUACUUAGCAAAUAUGCGUGGGCUGAACCGAUAAAAACAAAGACUGGAGAAAAUCUUGUCAAAGCCUUUGAGAAAAUACUUAAAAAAGGUCGAAAGCCUGAAACGUUUCACAGCGACAAAGGGACAGAGUUUAUGAAUCGAAAGUUUCAAGCCUUUUUGAAGAAACAUAACAUCCGGUUUUUCACGACGCAAAACGAGACCAAGGCAUCGAUUGUCGAAAGGUUUAAUCGUACGCUCAAGACGAAAAUGUGGAAAUACUUUACAGCGAAGAACACGCUCAAGUACGUGGACAUUCUCCAGAAACUGGUAAAUUCGUAUAAUCAUUCGAGACAUCGUAGUAUUGGUAUGAGGCCUAUUGAUGUAAAUGAAGACAACGAGAGCAUUCUGUGGCAAAAACUUUAUGGAGAACAGUCAGACAAACCCGUUCGGUUCAAGUUUAACAUUGGCGACCAAGUACGAAUCAGCAAAGCAAGGCGCACAUUUAAGAAAGGAUACUUACCUAAUUGGACAGAAGAAGUGUUUACAAUAACCAAACGUGUUCUUCGACGACCACCCGUGUAUAAGAUCGCUGAUUUUGAUGACGAAGAAUUAAAGGAACAUUUUACGAACAAGAGCUUCAAAGAGGGAAUAAAACAGACAGUGAUUUUUAUAGAGUCGAAGAAGUACUUAGAUCACGCAUGCGUAAUAAACGUAAAGAGUAAUAAAGCUUCCGAGUAAUAGUUCGUUAGCUUAUUUUCCAAAUAACACGGUAGCGAAUUUUAGAGUAAAAUUGGCUGAAACCAUUGUAUUGCCAGGACAAUGGGAAGUCGCAUUGACGGAACUGCAUUACCCUCAUACGUGGAGCACGCUAAAACGUGGAGUGCAACAGACGUUUUUGUAUAAAAUUGGCAGUAGCCCUUAUCAAACUGUCGUGCUUAAAGAAACACAAUAUUCUUCUAUUGAUCAACUAACAAAAGCACUCAAUGCCGGCAUGUCAAAAGAAAUACAGACGAAAGUAAAGUUUAGUUAUAAUCACAGUUCUCGCAAAAUUUUGGUUGAUGUAAAACACGGCACAACUGUGUGGUUUACCGGAGAAUUAGCAACGGUCUUGGGAUUUGACCAGCACACUCUUAUUGAAAAGAAAACUUCGAGUCCCUAUGCUGCAGAUAUCAAAGGAGGAUUCUCCUCCAUGUAUGUUUACACGGAUAUCGUUGAUGCACAGUUUGUGAGCGACGUGAAAGUGCCUUUACUAUGA